AUGAAGAAUGAGUUUGAGGAGAAUUUGUGGAAGAUGAGUGAUGUUGGUGGUAUGGUUGGUUUCGUUGAUGUUGAUGAUGAUGGUGUUGAGGAAUUGGUGGUGGUGGAUAGUUCAGAAGGCCACCCUUAUCGCUUCUCGGAUACGAUUGUUGUUGCGAGUUCUGGGCAGUUGGCGGCAUCGGUGGUAACGAAUCGCCAACACGCUGCAAACAGCACAAGAAACAACAGUGAGAAGCGAUAUUUUUAG